GCUCUGCCUCCAAAACAUCCGGAACGCUGCCGUAGCCUUGUGUAAUAAGAGAAAGGAACGUUAGAUAUUUGCUGCAUGCUUUCAAUUGGUGGACUGUUGCUCGUCUAGUUUACUUUAAUGAUAUUCGAUAAAAGUAUUUUGAAUAAGAAAAGAGAGAGCCGAAACCAUGGCAAAGAGAAGAGAGUGCGCACAGAAAGAGGUCGACUCAAAGAAAUCGCGGCAGUUACUGAAUGCGAAGAGCAACACUGCUAAAACAGCGAGAGCUAAGAAAAGAGUCACAGACACUGGCAUCAUAGAAAAAGAGGAGAAGCUUAAGAGAAAGAUCAAACCCAAGUCACGUUUGUCCUCAAAACUACUGGGGAAGUGCAACUCUUCUCCUAAAUCCACUGCUGUCAACACCAGUAAAUACUUCAAAUCACCAGUGAAGGACAAGAAGGUUGAUAGCGAUGAUGACUUUAACAUGGUGACCUCACCGACACCUGUGGUAACAGUUAAUGCCAGGAAACCAGAGAAAGAAGAGGAGGUGGAUGACAGUGAAGAUGAUGAUGAUGAUUGGGAGGAAGUGGAAGAACUAGAUGAACCACUGGGUCCAGUUGACUCGUCAGAACCCGCCCUGCUUGCUCAGCCAGUAGAGAUAGAGAUUGAGACUCCAGAAAUCAGGAAAAAGCAGAAGAAGAAGGUGGAGUUUGAGACAUAUCUGAGGCGGAUGAUGAACAAAUACCAAAAAGACGUGCUGAUAGACACACAUAAGGUUCACCUCAUGUGCUUGAUUGCCAGUGGGAUGUUUCACAAUCGUCUGUGCAGUGAACCAGAUCUGCUGGCCAUCACUCUGUCAUUGCUGCCCACCCACUUUGGCAUGGUUGCUAAGGAACGCAUUGACCAAAACUACCUCUCUGGAUUGCUCAAAUGGUUUAGAGCAACAUUCACCCUCAAUCCCAGUCUUCCUUGUGAGGAGCGUCCAGACCCCCGGGCUCUCCUUGAGAGGCGGCUGGCCAGCCUCUCAGCAAGGAACCACCAGGAGAUGACUCAUCUGUUCCUGUUGGUCCUGAGGUCUCUGCAGCUCUUCUGCAGAUUGGUUCUUUCUCUGCAGCCAGUAUCUUUCAAAUUCCCAUCAGCCAAGGGUAAAGCAAACAGAACCUCGAAUGGUGCCGCAGGGAAAAGCCACAUAACCCCAGAAACCUCCAAGAUCACCUCUCCUACUCCAAAGGUCUCUCCUGGCACCAAGAGACCAGCCACAGGGGCGGGACCCAAGGAAGACGGAGGAGGAAAAAAAGCCAAGAUAAAAAAAAUGGAGGAGGAGGAGAAGGCUGUAACAUCAGGAGGACAGAGACCAAAGAACUCAAAACGCCGAAGUGUUGCGUCAAAGGUUAGCUACAAGGAGGACAGCAACAGUGAGAGAGAAGAGAAGCUUAGUGAUGAGGAAGAAUUUCAGGCAACUAGUGGCGAGGAGAGCGAGGGUUCAGAGAGUGAGGCUAAACCUGCAAAGAAGGGAAAAGGGAGCAGAAAAGCUAAAGUGACAAACAACAAGAAGACUGUGGCUCCAGAAAAAAAGAGCGAUGGAGGGAAAAAACAGGUAAAAGAUGAAGAGUGGGAGGAAGGGGAUGAUGAUUUUAUAGAAGUAGAAGGACCAAAAAAUAACACAACGAAGCGCAGGAGUGGGAAGAAGACGGAGUCGGGAGCAGACGAGUGGUUGGAGGUGUACCUGGAAAAAACCUCCUCUUGGGUAUGUGUGGAUGUUGAGCACGGUGUUGGGAUGCCUCACCUAUGUUCCAAGAAUGCAACCGUUCCAGUGACGUAUGUGGUGUCGGUGGAUGACGACGGGUUUGUGAAGGAUUUGGGAAAGAAGUAUGACCCCACCUGGAUGACAUUAUCAAGGAAGAGGCGGGUGGAUGAAGAGUGGUGGGAAGCAACGCUUGCACCAUUCCAGGGACCAGAGGAUGAGAGAGACAUGAAGGAGGAGAAGGAGCUCCAGAAUAAACUUCAGAACAAACCCCUGCCCAUCUCUGUAAGUGAGUACAAGAACCACCCAAUGUACGCAUUAAAGAGACACCUGCUGAAGUAUGAAGCCAUCUACCCACCAACUUCCACUGUACUGGGAUACUGCAGAGGAGAGCCAGUAUACUCCAGGGAUUGUGUGCACACACUCCACUCCAGAGACACAUGGCUAAAAGAAGCUCGGACUGUCAGACUGGGAGAGGAGCCAUACAAAAUGGUGAGGGGCUUCUCUAAUCGUUCACGGAAGGCCAGGGUCAUGUCAGAGCUGAAGGAGGAAAAUGACCUGGCGCUGUUUGGAGAUUGGCAGACUGAAGAGUACCAACCACCUAUAGCUGUGGAUGGGAAGGUUCCCCGUAACGACUACGGUAACGUUUACCUGUUUAAGCCCUGUAUGUUGCCAGUGGGCUGUGUUCACCUCAGAUUGUCCAACCUGCACCGUGUGGCCAGGAAGCUGGACAUUGAUGCUGCUCCUGCAGUCACAGGAUUUGACUUCCAUGGGGGAUACUCGCAUGCUGUGACUGAUGGAUACAUCGUGUGUGAGGAGCAUGAGGAGAUUCUCAGAGCUGCCUGGGAAGAAGACCAAGAGCAUCAGAAGCAGAAAGAGAAAGAGAAAAGAGAAAAAAGAGUGAUCUCCAACUGGAUUCUGCUGGUGAAAGGACUCCUGAUCAGAGAAAGGCUCAAGAAGCGCUACGGCAAGAAGAACCCUGGACUGGGGAGCCUUCCACAUGAAGACAAUGCUGGUGGCUUUUCUUCUGAUGAGGAGGUGGUUGCAGAGGAGAGUCAUGCUGCUAAGACUGCAUCUGAGACUUUGGCCAUGUCCUGGCCCCAAAACAGACAAGCAGAGGAGGACGGAGGGAACUCCAGUGGACUGAAGACAAAACGAGAAAGGAGAGGACAAGAGAAACACAUGUUUCCUUUUGAGAAAGUAGAAUGACUGAUCAAAACCUUUCGAUAAAAACUUUGAUGAAUUGAGGUUUAUCACACUGUGCUGCUCCUCAUAUUAACUUGUUUACAUGCUUUUUAAAGCAGGAUACAAUGUGUCUCAGGUGCAACAGUAUUGAAAAGGUGUAGCAAUAUGUCCAGCCCUGGAAAAGUUGGCUGCAGGUCUAAGGGGAGGAGCAGACAGAAAGGGAGUGAAACUGAAUAAUUUUCUUCCUGUGGUAAUAGUCAAAUUAUCUUUGUACAUAUUCCUAUUAGCUACCUGCUCUAUUGUUAGAUUUUGUAUGAAAGCUAUAUAGAGCUACACUACAUGCCAGUACAUCAGUGCUGAAUACAUAAAAGAACACUAUGUGCUCUGGUGCAGAUCAAGUUGGUGUGCUCCAAAUUCUCUCACCGCUCUAGUGUGACUUGAUCCUGGUGGUCUUCACUUUAAAGUCUUGAUUUUUUACAAACAUAACUUCAGCCCCUUUUUUUCUGUCACAGCAGUAGCAGUAGAAGCAGUAAUUAAGUUGUUGUGUGUCCAAUACAAAUGAAAAGCAAAUUACUAAAAUCAAUGUUUAAGUCUUUUUAAAUUAACUGUAUCUGUGUUUUUAUUUGUAAGAUAUGUUGCAUGGUUACAAAAAUCAGUCACAGUAAUAGUCAACACCAGCCAAAAUCAUGAUUUAAGGAUUAGGCAGUGAAAAUCCUCAGAAAUUACAACAUACAUUUCUA